AAUUCAAACUUAUAGGUUGUUUUAUUAUAUGUUUAUUUUGUUUACUUUAUUUAUUUUCUUUGUUCUAUAGUAAAUCGAAGUAACUUUAUGUCUUAAAUUUGCUCUUAUUAGAGGUAACAAGUAAAUCAGUUAAUAGAAUGUUUUAAAGCAAAUAAAACAUGGAAUUUGAUAACAUCGAAAUAAGCGACGAAGAAGAAGAAAUUACGGCUCAAACAGUACUGAAAAUACUUCAAAAUGCGUGGCAAAAUGAACGUUUGGCACCAGAAAUACUUCCGCAUCAAAAUGAAAUGGUAGAGUGUAUGUUAGGACAAAUACAGCAUAUGGAAAGAAAUAUAAACAAACUGCCUAAAACUGAUCUUCGUGCUUCUAUACAUAAAAUGGAACUGAAUAGAAUUAAGUUUAUUAUUUGCAAUUAUUUGAAAACAAGAUUGGAUAAAAUUGAAAAAUAUUGCAUCUCUAUAUUGAAUGAUGAAAAACAAAGACUGGAAUCUGGUACAAAUUAUCUGACUCCCUCCGAAUACAAAUAUGCUCAGGAAUAUUUGAUAAACAUGGAAAGUCAUUUAAAGGAAGUAGCUUUAGAUCAUGUGCCAGGCAAUAUGCAAAGUUUUGACCUUAACAAAUUAGUAAUAUAUCCUUAUUUACAAGCGCAUGUGUUUCUUAAAGCAAAUGAGACAGUUACAGGAAUUAUUUUGGAAGACUUGGGCGGUGAUCAAGAUGAAGAAAUAGAUUUAGAAGAAAAUUCACAACAUAUACUUCAGUACAAACCAAUAGCGGAUUUAUUAAAAAGUGGAAAAGUACAACUUAUGUAAAGGUUAAUGUAAUCAGAAACUUUCAUAAUUUUUAGAAGUUUUAAUAAAC